GCGCCGGGCCGGGCCUGCGGGGAACCGGGAUCUCCCCGGGCGCCUUGUGUCUGCCGGGGCCGAAGACGGCGGUCUCGCGGCUCCGGCCUCGGAGGGUGCACUGGGCCCGUACCUCCCUCUUUCCCCAAAAGCGAGUGGGGGGCUCCGUUGCCACGGUGACGGGCCUGGGCCCGCUGGCUGCGGCCUACCCAGCUACUCGAGUGGGGGCUUCGUUGCCGCGGCAACGGGAGCAGGCCCCGCCGGAGGAGGACGUGGGACGGGGGGGGGCCGGGAUAGACCCGCGUCCCGGGGCCUCGUCAUCGUCCCGGGGCUGCCAAGGGGUUGGGAAACGGGCCCGAUGGCUUCCAGAUGUGGGCUGGGGCGGCCGUGACGCCGGUUUCCCGUGGGAGGAGGAGGGGGCUCCAGGGCCCCGGUGAGUCACGGGAGCGGCGGCAGCGUGAGACCUGCGGGAACGGAAUCCCCUCCCCGCCCGCCCUGCGCCCCCACCCGUGUCCCCGGUCCCCCCCGCCAUGCGGCUGCCGUGGGGAAGGGGCUGACCGUGCGCUGCGUCCGCUGAGCUCCGGAUUCGCCAUGGCCUCCCAGCCGCAGCCCCUGGCCCCCAGCUUGCCCUGCGCCUCCCCCACAGGGGCCGGGGGGGCUGGGCUGGCAGCCAGCAGCCCCGAGAAAGGCACCGCUCGCCCCAAGCCGCCGGUGCGGCCCAAGCCCCGGGUGCUGCCCAAGCCAGCCGUGCCCGCCAAGCCCUCCCUGCCGCAGCCCCCGCCAGGCCCGCGGCACCCCCGCCCGGAGCUGCCAUCGGCCGAGAAGCUGAACCGCCUGGCGGGGCCACAGCCCUACAGUGCAGGCGGCGUGGGGGGGCCCGUCCGACGCCCCUCCUUCACCAUCAAGUCACCCGAGACCUCCAAUGGAAAGGGGCUCCCGUCCCCUCCGGCUGCAGCUGCUGAGGACUCGGGUUCGAUCCCCGGCGAGGAGAUGCCCCCCGCCCUGCUGACCCCUCCUCGCAAAAGCCCAUCUCCUUUCAAGGUGACGCCAGUGCCGGUGGCGACCAAACCAGAGCGAUUCCCUGGCACCACGGUGGAGGAGAUCCUGGCCAAGAUGGACAGCAGGGAGGGCCCGGGCAGCCCAGACCGAGCCCGGCUCUCGCCCUUUUGCCCUGAUCCCUCCCCUCGCUUCGGCUCCAAGACCUUCUCUGCCUUCCGGAGACGCCCCAGCGGGGCGGCGGAUGGAGCCCCCCCAGCCGAACCCCACCAGACACCCCAACCCAUGGCGGGUGAGCUGGGAAAGGAGCAUGACAGACACCGGGUUGCUGAGAUGAGCAGCGGCUCCCCGCCUGCCAGCCCGAGCUGUGCCGGGGACCCUCAUGGAUGCCGGAGGCCGCCAUCCCCUGCUGACCUCUCCUCUCUGCAGCCGAGUGCCCUCGGAGCCCCCGGCUCCCCAAGACGCCCUGCCAGCCCAGCCCCGGGGGCCCCUUUCCAGCCCACCCAGCCCCCUAUCUCGGCUCCCGGCUCUCCUCAUGCUCCCGCUGAGCUCCCAGCCCCUGGCUCCCCCACACCAGCCCCCAGCUCCCCCAGAUCCCCUGCUCAGCCUCCAGCUGAGGUCCCGGCCACCCCCAGCCAGGCCCCGGGUGCCCCCUGCUCCACAGCCGAACCCCAGCCUGGUGCCUCCCACUCCCCCGGCUCCCCCCACACUCCUGGAGAGGGAUCCCCCGAUACUGGCAGCCCCCCCACCACUCCUGAGCUGCCCCCUAGAGUCACCUGCCCCCCUGGCUCUCCCGAAUCAGCUGCUGAGUGCUGGGCCCCCCCCAGCCCAGUCCCUGAACCCCCUGUUAAAGUCUCCUGCCCCCCAGGCUCUCCGGAGGGACCUGAUGACUCCUCAGCAUCCCCCCAGUCCCCUAAGGGUCCUGAUUCCAGCCGCCCUCCCGCUUCCAGGGACUCAGGGCUCCGACGAUGCUCAGAGGGGCUGUUGCAGCCCCUGCCAGUGGGGCAGGGCCUGGGGGAGCUGGGGGGCUCGCUGAGCACCCUGCACCAUCCUGGGGACCCCCCGCCAGAGCUGUCCCUGGGUGGCUGGAGCCUGUCCCAGUCCUUCGAGUGGACAUUCCCCGGGCAGGGGGCACAGCGGCUAGUGUCACCCCCCUGCUCCCCCAUCCGGGAGACCCCUGACUUGGGGCUGUGCAUAGAGGGUGAGUUGGAUGGGGGGGACCCAGCCCCCCGCCCCUCGUGCUCCCGGGGGAACAGCGGGUCCGAGGGGCCUGGCCGCGCCAUGGCCAGCAGCCGGGCAGCGGAGGGGGCUCCGUGCCCGGGGGGCCCCGUGGCCCAGCGAGAGGCUGAGGGCUCAGCGGAGGAGGAGGAAGGGGAGGCAGAGCAGGAUGCCACUGUGCCAUGCUCCCCGGUCUGCGUGACGGAACCUGGCCGGGACCCCGCCGAGCCCGAGACCUCUGCCCAGCCCGGCUGCCCCAUCAUGGCUGCUCCAGUGGAUCCAGCCCUGACAGAUCCAGCCCCGACAGAUCCACCCACCACAGCCGAGCUGGCCUGGGCACCAGUGGGUGACCGCCCCGGGAGCCUGCAUGGCCCCGGCGGGCCAGGCCGGGCCGAAGAACCCUCGAAGGGUGCUGACCCCCAUGCCGACCCAGGCUGGCUGACGGAGCUGUUGGCAUCGCCCAGGGCCCACAGGACGGGGCUCGGCUCUCCAGAUGCCGAGGGGCUGGAGGACCAGCUCAGCUGGUCACCGAAGGACCUGUGCAGUGACUUUGGUGCUGGCAGCCCUCACCACGGCACCUUCGACUGGAGCUGUGAGGCUGUGGCCAGGGAGAGAGACUGGCCUCGUGAGACUGAACGGGACCAGGACCCUGAGACCAAACCAGACUGGGACAGUGCCCACAGCGCUGGGGACAGGGACCGGCAGGACAGGCCCUUUGGCUCCACCAGCAGGGACUGGGGCAGCGCUUACCAAGGGACGGAGCUGACGGGGGAAACGAGCCUGGGCUGCAGCGACUGGCCCGAGUCCCGCGGCACAGAGGAAAGCUGCCGGCAGGACCAGGACUUCGGUGCCGGCAAACCCCAGUGGGGCAGCGGGGAGGAGAGCAGCCCUGGGAGAGCUGACUGGAGCAGUGGCUGCAGCCUGGGACACGGGCAGCAGCGGGACAGGGAGCCUGGCUCCCGGCAGCACAGCUGGGCUGGUGUGUAUGGCUCUGGGGACCCGGAGAGGCGGGACGGGGACAUCACGUCUGCCUGGGCUGGUGAAUACGGCACUGGCGAUGUGGAGAUGAAGGACAGGGAUCUCACCCUGGGCUGGACCAGGAAAUACAGCAGCAGGGGUCCUGAAACCAAGGAUGAGGAUUUGACACUGGGCUGGGCUGGCAGAUCCAGCACUGGGGACACCGGGACCCCAGAGAAGGAGUUCAGCCCCAGCCGAGUGGCUUGGGACAGCGAGUACAGUGCCCAGGACAUGGAGAGCCAGGACAGAGAGUUCAGUCCCAGCCGACCAGCGUGGACUGGUGACACCAGCACCAAGGACAUGGAGAGCCAGGACAGAGAGUUCAGCCCCAGCCGACCAGCGUGGACUGGUGACACCAGCACCAGGGACAUGGAGAGCCAGGACAGAGAGUUCAGCCCCAGCCGACCAGCGUGGACUGGUGACACCAGCACCAGGGACAUGGAGAGCCAGGACAGAGAGUUCAGCCCCAGCCGACCAGCGUGGACUGGUGACACCAGCACCAGGGACAUGGAGAGCCAGGACAGAGAGUUCAGCCCCAGCCGACCAGCGUGGAAUGAUGAGUACCGCACCAGGGACGUGGAGAUGCAGGACGAAGAGUUCAGUUCCAGCAGAGCGGCCUGGGCCAGCGAGGGCGGCAGCAGAGAGGUGGAGAGCAGGGACAGUGGGUGCAGACCCGCCUGGGAUGGCGGAUACAGCACUGGGGAUGUGGGGAGCCAGGACAGAGAGUUCAGCCCCAGCCAAGCAGCCUGGGUCAGCGAGCGUGGCUCUGCGAACACCGCAAAGGAAGGAGAGUUUAGUCACGAGCGGCUGAGCUGGGCUGGUGAGCGCAGCCUCGGCCAAACCGAGCUGGUCAAUGCCUUUGGCGUUGGGAAGGACGAUGCAACUGGCUGCCGUGGCCCCGAAGCACCAGAGCCCGGCUGGGGCUGCACCGGUCGGCAGGAGUGCGGUGUCACCGGCAGCAGGGACUGGGCUGGAGAGCUUGGAGGGGCUGAGCGCCACAACCAGUUUGGUGUCAUUGGCACAGAGCGGGUGCCAGAGCCCUGCAGUGCUGGAGCACCAUCGGAUGGCUCCGUGUCCUGGGCUGGGGGACUGGGGGAGCCCCUGGGAGCCUGGCACAGGGCUCUCGACUUCGGCAGCUCCAGUUCUGGUGGUGCCGGUGCAGUGGGACUGGGCCAGCCGGCCUGGGGCACGGGGCUGGACAGCCUGGCUGUGCCAAAUACAUCGCCUGCACCAAACGCCUUGCCUGCGCCAAGUGCCCUGCCCACACCGGGCGGCACGCGGCUGGAGGACCCGGGCUGGAGCGGGGGGCGCGACACCGAGGCCACGCACCAGGAGUGGGCCAGCGCGUUCGGCGCCCGCUGUGCCGCACGGAGCCGGGACUUCAGUGCCGGGGAGCAGAGCCUGGCAGGGGACACCAGCUCCGUGGACGGGACCCUCCAUCUCUCGGCCCCCAGCCCGCUGGUGGGUGACACUCUGGCUGUCCCCUGCAUUGAGGAGUGUCCCCGCAGCGAGCCACCCAGCCCCACCAGGGAGAAACAGGACAUCCCCACACCAGCUGAUCCUCUGCACAGCCCCUCAGCCUCGCUGGGAGCUGGCGGGGGAAGCCUGCCCGACAGCGAGAGCGAGGGUUCCCCUGCAGAGCACCCGGAUGGGGGCAGCCCCCCGAGCGGGCAGGAGGAGCAGCCCUGCCCCGCGGGACCCCCGGACUGCGCCGGGCAGGACUUCUCUUUCCUGGAGGACACGGCGGUGCUGGACAGCAGCGUGUACCGCAGCAAGGCCAGCCUGGGCCGCAAGCGCCCGCACCGCGCACCCGCCCUGCGCCCCGCCGCCGCCGCCGAGGGGGACAGCUGGAUCUUCCGCGACUCCACUGAGCCCCGUCCAGCCCGGCCGGACGCGUCCUCCGACGAGGAGGCAGUGGAAGAGCCCCGGAGCCGGCGGGUGCGCGCGUCCCCGCUGGGCAGGGGGGUGAAGGUGCCGCUGUUUCCCAGCCUCAGCGCCUCUGCGCUCAAGGCCAAGCUGAGGGGUCGCAAUCGCUCGGCUGAGGAGGGGGCUGUGCCGGGGGACGGCAAGGCCACCCCCCCCAGGGACCCCCAUGUCCAGCGCUCCAAGUCCUGCAAGAUCCCUGGCCUGAGUGGGAAGCCCCUGGCGCUGCCUCCCAAGCCAGACAAGUCCUCAGGGUCCGACGCCUCCCCACCCCACUGGCUGCAGGCGCUGAAGCUGAAGAAGAAGAAACCGUGAGCGGGGCUCGCUCUCCUGCCUGCGCGUCUCCAGGGCCACCUGCCGCUGUCACCAGGACCAGGCCUGUCCCCUGCCCGAGGCGGGACACACACACACACACACACCUAUGCACUUUGUAUGAUGCUCGCAGGGCCCCCGUCCCCCCACACUUCCCCCCUUCCUCAGCCUGUGGCCCCCCCAGCGCUCCCCUGCCCCUCAGUCCCCGUGUCCCCAGGGGCUGGGGGUGGGCAGUGACCCCCGCGCUCCUUCCCCCCAUCUUGUAUCACAUUCAAAGAGCAACAGGUGAGGAUUUUGGUGCCACUUUGACAGGACAAUAAAACUCGUUGGUUGGUC